AUGGCUCGAUGUUUCUCUCAUAUGGAAAAGGAAAAAUGGCUCUCAUCCUCCCCUCGACAAGAGAAGAAAGCCCCGAUUAAGAUCCCAGCCAUUAAUCGAGCAAAUCUGAUUGAUGAACACAAGUUUACCCUCAUAGGGAGAGUUACUAACCCUGCAAUCCAGAAGACCAGAGGCCUUGUGGACUUCUUUCUCCAACAUUGGCAAUUUGUAGGCUCCUUUACAGGCAUAGACCUUGGAACCCUACUGUUCCAGUUCACCUUCGAGUCGGAACAAGACCUACAAGCCAUUCUAUCCCAAGCACCUUACCACUUUAAAAGAUGGAUGUUCAUCCUCCAGCGUUGGGAGCCCAUUGUCUCUGACCAGUUCCCAGCCUUCAUCCCCUUUUCGAUAACCAUUCAUGGCAUUCCCCUCCACUACUGGACUAAGGAGGCUCUAGAAGCCAUUGGCGAAGGUCUAGGACUGGUUGAAGCUACUGAUGUGGUAAAAGGAAGGGUUAGGGUCCAUAUUAAUGGCCUCAAACCCCUGGAAAAGUUCCUCGAUAUUAGCCUAGAGGGUGAAACUAAACAAGUUGAGCUCGAAUAUGAGAAGCUUGACAAGCACUGCUUCUCAUGUCUCUCUAUGUCUCAUGAAGUCAAAGACCCCCUCAAGGACUACCAGCCGAAAUACUUCAGACCAGAACUUGGGAAUCUCCCAAAGACGUACGUUGGAACGUAUCGAGGAAAACAGAAGGAGAGCUGA